AUGAUGUUCGAAAGUACUGGUAACGAUCGUGUUUCCUAUGCGCACUUGAGCAGACGUGAUAUUAUGGCACGUUAUUUCAAUCUUUCUGCACCAGUCGGCCAUGCAGGUGUGCCGCUUCCGAAGCAUGUGAUUGCAAAACACGACGACAGCAAUGUUGCAGAUGAUAAUUACACCUCUGCUGUUAAUAAUACCACAAAGAAUGAUGAAUUUAUUCUUAGUGAAAAGAUAUUGAAUUUACCCAUUGAAAUUAAGGUUAAAAUUACCAAUAAUUUGAGCCAAUAUGACUUGGUGAAUUUAGCAUCGGUAUCGAAAUCUUUUUAUGACGCGGCGAUGUUUUCUUUGUACGAAAAUAUCGUGGUAGAUACGUCAUACUCUAUAUUGAACGAUUCGUUGAGAACGGACAAGAAUCAACGAUGUACUUAUAUCAAGACGAAGUACAAUUUAAAGAAGUUUAUGAAAUCGUUAUCACAGGAUGAAAUACAAACUGCGUUCCCCUUAGGGAUAUUGGUAAAAAGUCUCAAAAUAUAUUCUUUGCCCGAUGGGGUCUCGAAUAUGGAAAUUGUGAAUUUCGUUCAUAGAUCCAUCAAUUCGUUGACGAGACUAUCAUGUUUGUAUUGGGAAAGCGGGUCACGGAAAUUGCCCUUGGACACAUUACAAUAUUUACCCAAUAAAAAAGAACUUACCUCGUUAGCGAUAAAUCUUGAUUUAUCGAAAUGUACCGAGGCAGAUAUACACUUCCCGCAACUUGAGCGGCUCUCAGUGGUUCCAUUCAAUAAUUCGGAUACGUUGUGCAAAUUUAUGCAGCAGAUUUCGAUAGAGACCAUUGCAGAUCGGAUAAAAGUGUUACAAUUGAAAAGACAAUUACCUUCAAUGAAACAGAUAACAAGAAAUAAUUUGAAUUUGGGUCAAUCACUUAUAGUAACGAAAUACAUGGUAGAAAAUAACCUGGCAAGACCAGACUCUGUGGAAACUGAUAAGAGUAUAAAUCAAAGUAUGAUAGACUUCCAGUUUUGGAGUUUCUUAGACCCUAUCUUAGCAUCAGCGACUAAUACUACGAGUACAGCCACUGCCAACGCACCUUUCAGGCAGUUGAAGGUCUUGGAUAUCGAUAGCGUCAAUUUACUUGCCAGUGAUGCUGGGAAGGUCGUCCGUGCUUUCAACUUGGAAACUUUGAGCACUCUUUCCCUUAACAACGUCAGCGAAAUCCAAUGGUUACCUGAAAUAGACUUUCAACUAACUGAUUUUACAAGUGCAGCGGUCGAACAUUUUCAUGAAGGUUUACUUCUCACCAUUGCGCCACAUUUGAAACAGUUGAAAAGCUUACGGUUAUGCUACCAAGAGGCGAACCGUGACUCCAUCCCGCAUUUCUUGAACCUUCUUGCCAAAAACGGUGUGUUUUUGGAGCAAAUUGAUAUAAAGAUAACUUGGGAUGACUCAAAACUAGUCACCGUUCUUAGUUGGGAGCAAUUGAUGCAGAGCUGCACGAAAUCUAUAUGCAAACACAAAUCCAAACUAAAGAAACUUUCACUUGUCACUCAGGAAUCGUUACGGUACUGUGAAGUUCCUAAAGAGAUACCUAUCGACUCUGUAUUAAGACUCACUGAAUGCAAAAAUUUAGAAAGUUUACGAAUCAAUGGAGACUCUUUGCAGCCCACUGGGAUACAUAUACUACAUCGAUUCCCCAAGCUCAGAUUCUUAUCCUUACGCGGUAAACGAUCCGGAGGACCACCGCAUAUGGGUCUUCAAAUGGCUCAUAACGGAAUUAUGGACGAUUGGUACCGUGUAAUGCAUGUUGCCAUUACACUGGCUCAGGCGAACAAACAACUACAGUUCGUUAAAAUAGACAAGUGUUUAUUCGAGUGUGGGAAGAGUGGAAAUGCCAUCCCACGUCCAGAUGUGUUAAACAACUGGUUUUCAAAGCAAACCAGAGUACUAGUCACUGAAGAUGAGUUCUGA